UCACAAGCAUGGCGUCAGCUGAAAAUGAAGCCUGUGCUGUGCGGAGCGUCGCCUGCCCCUCACAAGCAUGGCGUCUGCAGAAGGUGCUGUGCGGCCGCUGCGGGGCGGGCAGCUGCCCUUCACAAACAUGGCGGCAGAGGGGUGCGGGGCGUGGCGGGGUAAGGAUGGGAAGCCGAGCAGACGGCCCCAGAACCAGUGGUCAUGUGACUGGGAAGAUGGCCGUCUUUCCUUGGCACUCCAGGAAUAGGAACUACAAAGCUGAAUUUGCAUCAUGCCGACUGGAGGCUGUACCAUUGGAGUUUGGGGACUAUCACCCUCUGAAACCCAUAACUGUCACAGAGUCAAAGACAAAGAAAGUGAACCGGAAAGGAAGCACUUCUUCCACGUCCUCCUCCUCCUCCAGCUCCGUGGUGGACCCGCUGAGCAGCGUCCUCGAUGGGACUGACCCCCUCUCCAUGUUUGCAGCCACUGCUGACCCCGCAGCCUUGGCAGCUGCCAUGGACAGCUCCAGAAGGAAACGUGAUAGAGAUGAUAACUCCGUUGUAGGAUCGGAUUUUGAGCCUUGGGCCAACAAACGGGGAGAAAUCCUUGCCCGGUACACCACUACCGAAAAGCUGUCUAUUAAUCUGUUUAUGGGAUCUGAAAAAGGCAAAGCUGGGACUGCCACACUGGCAAUGUCAGAGAAGGUUCGGACCCGGCUGGAGGAGCUGGAUGACUUUGAGGAGGGUUCCCAAAAGGAGCUGUUGAACUUGACUCAGCAGGAUUACGUGAACCGCAUAGAGGAGCUCAACCAAUCGCUGAAGGAUGCCUGGGCCUCAGACCAGAAAGUGAAGGCUCUAAAAAUAGUCAUCCAGUGUUCAAAGCUUCUUUCAGACACCAGUGUUAUUCAGUUCUACCCAAGCAAAUUUGUCCUUAUCACCGACAUACUUGAUACAUUUGGAAAGCUCGUGUACGAGCGCAUCUUUUCCAUGUGUGUGGAUAGCCGCAGCGUCUUACCAGAUCACUUUUCUCCAGAGAAUGCAAAUGACACGGCCAAGGAAACAUGCCUAAAUUGGUUUUUCAAGAUUGCCUCCAUCAGGGAACUCAUUCCAAGAUUUUACGUGGAGGCAUCCAUCCUGAAAUGUAACAAAUUCCUCUCCAAAACGGGAAUUUCAGAGUGCCUGCCCCGGUUGACAUGCAUGAUCAGAGGGAUCGGAGACCCGCUGGUGUCGGUGUAUGCCCGUGCCUACCUGUGCCGGGUGGGAAUGGAAGUGGCCCCACAUCUCAAAGAAACCCUAAAUAAGAACUUUUUUGACUUCCUCCUUACGUUCAAACAGAUUCAUGGGGAUACGGUCCAGAACCAGCUGGUGGUCCAAGGAGUGGAGCUCCCAUCUUACCUCCCCUUGUACCCGCCUGCCAUGGACUGGAUCUUCCAGUGCAUCUCCUACCAUGCCCCCGAGGCUCUGCUGACCGAGAUGAUGGAAAGGUGUAAGAAACUAGGAAACAAUGCCUUGCUGUUGAAUUCUGUGAUGUCUGCCUUCCGGGCUGAGUUCAUCGCCACAAGGUCUAUGGAUUUCAUUGGCAUGAUUAAAGAGUGUGAUGAAUCUGGUUUCCCCAAGCAUCUCCUUUUUCGAUCACUGGGGUUAAACUUGGCCUUGGCUGAUCCUCCUGAGAGUGACCGACUUCAGAUUCUCAACGAAGCUUGGAAAGUCAUCACUAAGCUGAAGAACCCACAGGACUACAUUAAUUGUGCCGAAGUGUGGGUGGAAUACACCUGCAAGCAUUUCACGAAACGAGAGGUGAAUACCGUUUUGGCAGAUGUCAUCAAGCAUAUGACUCCAGAUCGUGCAUUUGAAGAUUCCUACCCCCAGCUUCAGUUAAUAAUUAAGAAAGUUAUUGCCCACUUCCAUGACUUCUCAGUUCUUUUCUCAGUGGAAAAAUUUCUGCCGUUUCUGGACAUGUUCCAAAAAGAGAGUGUGCGGGUGGAGGUUUGCAAAUGCAUCAUGGACGCCUUUAUCAAGCAUCAACAAGAGCCCACCAAGGACCCGGUCAUCUUGAAUGCCCUUUUGCAUGUUUGCAAGACCAUGCAUGACUCUGUGAAUGCGCUCACUCUUGAGGAUGAGAAAAGAAUGCUGUCAUAUUUGAUUAAUGGAUUUAUAAAAAUGGUUUCCUUUGGCCGUGAUUUUGAACAACAGCUGAGUUUUUAUGUUGAGUCCAGGUCGAUGUUUUGCAAUCUGGAGCCUGUUCUCGUGCAGUUGAUUCAUAGUGUGAACCGGUUGGCAAUGGAGACAAGAAAAGUAAUGAAAGGAAAUCAUUCCAGAAAGACAGCUGCAUUUGUCCGGGCCUGUGUUGCCUACUGCUUCAUCACCAUCCCCUCCCUGGCGGGCAUCUUCACACGUCUCAAUCUCUACCUGCAUUCUGGUCAGGUGGCCUUGGCCAACCAGUGCCUCUCCCAAGCUGAUGCUUUUUUCAAAGCCGCUAUAAGCCUCGUUCCGGAAGUUCCAAAGAUGAUUAAUAUUGACGGGAAGAUGCGGCCAUCGGAAUCGUUCCUUCUGGAAUUCCUCUGCAAUUUCUUUUCUACUUUAUUAAUAGUUCCGGAUCAUCCUGAACACGGGGUCCUGUUUCUUGUUCGAGAGCUUCUCAACGUGAUCCAGGACUACACCUGGGAGGACAACAGCGAUGAGAAAAUCCGCAUCUACACCUGCGUCCUGCAUCUCCUCUCCGCCAUGAGCCAGGAGACGUACCUUUACCACAUAGACAAAGUGGACUCCAAUGACAGCCUCUACGGGGGAGACUCCAAGUUCUUGGCAGAAAACAACAAGCUGUGUGAGACAGUGAUGGCUCAGAUCCUAGAGCAUCUGAAAACCCUGGCCAAGGACGAGAGACAGGGUCUUACUCUGUCAUCCAGGCUGGAGUACAGUGGCACUAUCUUAGCUCACUGCAGCUUCAACCUCCUGGGCUCAAGUGAUCCUCCCAUGGUCAGCCUCCCGAGGAGCUGGGACUACAGGCGUGUACCACCACGUCCAGCUAAGUUCUUAUUUCUUACACAGCCGAGGUCUCUCUGGGUUGCCCAGGCUAGUCCUAAAAUACUGAGCUUGGCCGGGCACGGUGGCUCAUGCCUGUACUCCCAGCACUUUGGGAGGCUGAGACAGGCAGAUCACUUGAGGUCAGAAGUUUGAGACCAGCCUGGCCAACAUGGUGAAACCCCACCUCUACUAAAAAUACAAAAAUUAGCCGGGCGUGAUGGCACGUGCCUGUAAUCCCAGCUACUCGGGAGGCUGAGGCAGGAGAACUGCUUGAACCCAGGAGGGGGAGGUUGCAGUGAGCUGAGAUCACGCCACUGCACUCCAGCCUGGGUGACAGAACGAGACUCUGUUUCAGAAAAAAAUAAAAGACAGAGCUCAAGUGAUCCGCCCACCUUGGCCUUGGGCUCCCAGAGUGCUGCGGAUUCUGGGCGUGAGCCGCCGUGCCCAGCCUUCCCCUGAUUUCUUGAAACCAUUGGUUCUGGCUCCGCCUUCUAGUCCAGGGACCUCUUAGAACAAUGAUGUGUGUUUGACAAGCCACACCCACAGAAAACUUGACAUGUGGUUCAAAACUACGUUUCUUCACGCCGAGGCAAUAGGCUGGGUUUAAUCAGAGGUGGUCACUGACAGCAUAAAUGAUCAUAGCCCAGAAGUCCCAAGCUUGCAAUAAAAAUAAAGCCCAGAACCAUAUAAUUUGGAGCUAUUUAUAUUUCACAUUUAUGUCUCUUUCUCUGGUGGAGAGAGGGGUUGAUGGUGAUAGUGAUUCUGAAAGAAUAGCAAAGAUGGAAUGUUUCUGAAGAACAUUUCACGUGGCAUCAAUACCAGCGAUGUUCACUGAAAAUGUCUGUCCAUAUAUGCACAUUUAUUAGAAAAACAUCGGUCAGGCAUGGUGGCUCAUGCCUGUGAUCCCAACACUUUGGGAGGCUGGGGAAGGAGGAUUGCUUUAUUCCAGGAGUUUGAGACCAGCCUGGGGAACAUAGUAAAACCCCAUCUCUAAAAAAAUUUUAAAAGUUAGCCAGGCAUGGUGGUGUGCACCCUGAGUAGCUGGGACUACUCAGGAGGCUGAGGUGGGAGGAUCGCUUGAGCCCAGGAGUUUGAGGCUGCAGUGAGCUGUGAUUGCACCACUACACUCCAACCCUGGCAGCAGAGCAAGACCCUGUCUCUAAAAUAAAUAAAUAAAUAAACACAUGGUCAUAUGGGUGGACCAAGCUGAAACUGAACAUGUUAGCCCUCUUUUAUUUCUUUUUUUGAGACAGUCUUGCUCUGUUGCCCAGACUGGAGUGUAGUGGCACCAUUUCAGCUGACUGCAACCUCCACCUCCCAGAUUCAAGUGAUUCUCCUGCCUCAGGCUUCCGAGUAGCUGGGACUACAGGCGCGUGCCACCACACCUAGCUAAUUUUUUGUAUUUCUAGUAGAGACGGGGCUUCACUGUUAGCCAGGAUGGUCUCGAUCUCCUGACCUCAUGAUGCACCUGCCUCAGCUUCCCAAAGUACUGGGAUUACAGGCAUGAGCCACCGUGCCCGGCUAUCCUUUGUUUUAAUGGUGCAAUUUGAAGUUCAGCUCAACAGCCAUAUUGGAGUCCUCUGAAGUCUGGUACCCCAAGAGCAUGAGGCUUGGUAUCCAGGCCCAUCACAGACCAGGAAGGGCCUGGGGAUUUCUCCCCACCGAGUGGGGUGGGCGGCUUCCUGCUGUUGGAAAACCCUGAUGCCUGCGCUGUUCUGAGAAUCAUAUCGCAGCUCUGGUAGCAACCCCGCUUCCAAAAUCAUCCUCUAAGGCCACGUGAAGGUGCCAGCCUCAUUUUAAUCACAAGCUGUAUUUUAUGAAGUUGUUUGUUUGGGUGUGGUGGAGCUGGGAACCAUGCCAAACCCCGAGAGCUUCCUGGAAAUGACAAUUCUCAUAGGAAAAGCAGCUCUUUUCUAUUUAAAACCUCUGUGGCGAGGGGAGGGGAUCAGGCCCUGAUUUGGUUCCCAAGCUACGUGUUUGUAUUUUUCUCGGUGUUUGAAUAUAUCAGCUGGCAUGUGUCUCAUCCCUCAGACACGUCUCCAGUGAUUUCACUUUUAAUGGGCUUUGGCAUUUAAAACACAUGCGAAUUGAGCUUUUUGCUAAUUGAGAAGAUAUGGAAUGGAGAAAUAGCCAAUUAGGUAUUGUGCUGCUUGUCUGACUUUUAAAAGUUUCUCCCACUUCAGUGAAAGGUAGUCAAAGGGCCUGUCUCCGAGGAGACUGUUAGUUAGCUCUGAAAGAGUUUUAUUUUAGGCUGGUCUUCUAGAUUCAGGCAGAAAGUAGGGCUCCCGUUCUCCCAGGUGUCAGACGAGGACCAGGUUAAAAGGAGAGCAGGAUGGGCUCAGGUUCCCACUUGGGGCAUAACUGCAUUGUCUGUUAGAACAAAUGAAGGCAGAGCAGGUGGUCGCCAGCCAGUUUGCGAGUCCGUGCCCAGCAGGUGCCAGCCCGCGUGCCCCGUGCCAAAGCGCUUUUCUCUUGUAGCCCGCGGGCCUGGGCGCCCACAGCACAACCUGCUCCCUGAUGAUUGGGCUCUUCGCCGUCGGCUCUGCUGCUUCUGUGACUGUCGCUGCUCUAGGCUGUUGCCAAGGCAGGCUCAAUUUUGCCCGGAGAGGGGAGGGGAGGUGCCGAAGAGUCUUAAUUACCACUCAGCCACCUUGCCCAACUGCAUUUGAAGCUGUUCCUUGACUUUUUCUUUAAGACAGGGUCUUGCUCUGAUGCCCAGGCUUGAGUGCGGUGAGAUCAUAGCUCACUGCAGCCUCAAAUUCUUGCCCUCAAGUGAUCCUCCAGCCUCAGCCUCCUGAGUAGCUGGGACAAUAGGUGUGUGCUACCAUGCUCAGCUAAUUUUUUUUUUCUUUGCACUAAAAGACUUUAAAUUCUCACUUGGGAAAGGACAGUAAGAAGGGGUAAAUCAGUUGGCAUAGCAGCUAGCAGUCACCAUGUGAAUUAUCUGUGGAACGUUGGAUGGAUGGACGGUUGAUAAGUUGGUUUUAGCCACCAAGAGCAGUUGAGAAAAGCAGGAAGAAAUGUAUUUUGGUGUAAGCCCAAUCAAGCCAUUCUUACUCCCUGCAUACAACUGCAUAGCCGAAGCUGGCUUGCAGCACUGGCAAGUCUCUCAGCCCCUUCUGACUGCGAUUCCUGAUAAGAUGCGACCCUGAGUGUGUGGCCUGGAGAGGGCUGUGAGUACGAGCACAGGCUCUUGAGUCAGAGAGCUGGAGCUCGGACUCCACUCUGCAUUGUGAGGAUCCAUCUGUGGUCCUUGGGCAAGUUCCUAACCUUUCAGAGCCUCAGGUGCCUCAUCUGCAGAAUGGGAGCAUAUUCAUUUCCUGUUGCCACAAACUUGGCAUCUUAAAGCAGUACCCAUUUUUGAUCUCACUGUUUGGUAGAUGAGAAGUCCGUGCUGGUUGGGGCCGGUGUCUCUGUUCUGGGUUUCACAAGGCCAGAAUCAAGGUCUUGCUGGCUGGGCUCUUAUCAGGAGGCACUGGAAAGAAUCUACUUCCUUGUUCCUUCAGGGUAUUUGCAGAUUGCAUUUCCAUGUGAUCAUGGACUGAGAUCCUCUAUCUGUUGGCCGGGCGUCCUUCUCAGCUUCUAGAAGCUGCCUGUGUUUCUCAGCUCAUGGCCAGCACUGGUGGGCCAGGUUCUCCUGAUGCCUUGAAUCUCUGGCUUCCCUUCUUCCUCCUCUUUCCUGUUUUUCUCUUCCACUGCUUGUCUCUGAUUCUGGUCGGAGAAAUGCUUCUCCUUUUAAGGGCUCCAGUGAUUCGAGGGCCCACUCAGGUCAUCCAAGAUACGCUCCCUACCUUAAUUCCAUCUGCAGUCUCUCCACAGCAGCACCGGGAUUCAUGUUUGAAUAACGGGAAGGAAUGUUGGGAGACACCUCUAGAAUUCUAUCAUGGGCGGUUAGGAGUGUACCUGCCAUGGAGCUGUCAUGAAGGUUAAAUCAGGCGAGUUGUAUAAAGCACAGAGCAGAAUCCCUGGCACACUCUUAAGGGCUCUUACACGUAUUCACUGUCAGGGAGCGGACACGAGACUCUUGGCAGCACUGAUGUUGUGCAGAUGUGGGAUCUGCCCUGGCCCCAUGGGCUUCCUGAACAGCAGGUACCCACCUGUUGAUAUGGCUUUUCCAGGGGCCUUCGUUUACCUUGGGGAAGUUGUAUCCUCUCUCCUGGGCCUGGUAUUGCAUUCUGGAGAUUUUCCCUUUUGUCUUUAUCAUUCAAAGCUGGCGUUCAGGUUCGGUCUGCCAUGACACUGUGGUUAGACUUUUUUUGGCAAGAUACCUCUCACAUCAGAUGAUUGAGCAAGAAAGGAAAGAUCUGAUGUCAGCGUGUAAAGGCUGGAUAUGGGCACCAACGACUGGGGAGCUCAGUUCGGGAGGAGAUGUGUUCUGGUCUUUAUUACCGGCAGCCCAGGGGCGGGAAUACUGACUGCAGCUUUGGGUAGUUUGAGGACACAUCUGAAAGAGGUGAGCUGAAGCCUUUCAGUUUUCAGCUGUACUUGCGUUAAAGCAAGGCUUGUCCCUGCUGGGGUACCCUUCAUUCCUCGACCUCACUGACUGGUGAGUUUCUUCCAUUUCAUGAGUAAUGACCAUCUGUGGGCACAGAGCUUCGUCAUCUUACUGAAUCCCCGCCCUCUGCAGGGGUGACCUUACUGUCAUUUACAGAUGAAGAAGCUGGGACUUUGGGAGGUUCAGCAGCUUGCCCUACAGCAAAUACGUGGCAGAGCUGGCACUGGAACUCAGGCAUGACCUACCCCAGAGUCAGCACUGCCCACAGCAUCUCUGCCGGGCACGGCCUGAGCCCCAGUGCAAGGCAGUAACCUCCCUUUUCUG